AUGAGUUGCUACCAUGAGCAAAAUGAAGAUUUGUAUAUGAUUUUGGCUUAAUCUAAAGCUUUUGAUGAGGAAAUCUUACCAAUUCUUAUUAAAAUAUUCAAAAAAGAGAAAGUUUAGGACUGUCUAAAAUUUCUCUCAUAAGAUCAAAAUAUAAGGCAAGCCUAAUUAAAUAUAUUAUAAGUAAAUAAUUCUUCAAUAUUGGAUUAGGAAUAGAAGCUCAAUGUUGGACAGAAUAUCAUAAAGAGAAUUUCAGAUAUUCUCAAAAAAAUUAGGGAUCAUAAUUUUAAUGAACGGAAUUACUCGUAAGAUGAAUAUGAGGAUAUUAAAAAAGAUGUAAUCACAAAAAUAUCCUGGGAUAGAAGGAUCAUAUAAUUAUUAAAAUUUUUAGUUCAUCUUACUGCUUUAGAUGAGAAAUACAUUUAGUGUGGAUCAAAUUCUCUUCAUUUGCUAGUUGAAAUGAAGGUUGAUUUAAGAGCACAAUCAUUUGUAAAUAUUAAAAUAAAAAAUACUUCAAUUAUAGGAGGAAAUUUUGUCAUGUGCGACUUGAGUGAAUCUGAAUUCGACAAUGUCAUUAUAAGCGGAAUAAAUUUGAGUGGAGCCAAAUUAAUUAAGUGUAAAUGGAAAAGUUUAAGAAUAAAUGAGUUAAUGCAGUUAAAUGGUCAUAGUGAUAGUGUUAACUCAAUUUGGUUUUCUACAGAUGGUAAGUCAGUAGCUUCUAGUAGCGAUGAUAAUUCCAUUCGUUUUUGGGAUGCUAAAAGAGGAAAAUUAAAAAUUUUAUUAUAAGGUAGAUGGAAGAUAAAGUCAGUCUGCAUCUCACCUAAAGGUACAGCAUUAGCCUAUUGCAGCAGAAAUAUUGUGUAUUUAUGGAAUAAAAAAACAAAGAAGUGCAUAUUUAAACUAAAAGAUCAUACAAAUGAUGUUAGCUCUGUUAAUUUCUCUCCUGAUGGUGCUACUUUAGCAUCUGGUAGUGAUGAUAAGUCUAUUCGUUUAUGGGAUGUUAUGACAGGAUAAUAAAAAGCCAAAUUAGAUGGUCAUUCUAAUACAGUUUCUUCAAUUUGUUUCUCUCUUGAUGGUACUAUAUUAGCAUCUGGUAGUAAAGAUAACUCCAUUCGUUUAUGGGAUGUUAAAACAGGAUAAUAAAAAGCCAAAUUAGAUGGUCAUUCAGAUUGUGUUAAUUCAAUCUGCUUCUCUCCUGAUGGUACUACAUUAGCAUCUGGUAGUUAAGAUAACUCUAUCCACUUAAGAGAUGUUAGGACAGGAUAAUAAAAUGCCAUAUUAUAUGGCCAUACUAAGGAUGUUAUGUCAGUUUGUUUCUCUUUUGAUGGGACUACAUUAGCAUCUGGCAGUUUAGAUCAGUCUAUUCGUUUAUGGGAUGUUAAAAAAAUAUAAUAAAAAGCCAAAUUUGUGGGUCAUACAAGUUAAGUGUAAUCAGUCUGUUUCUCCCCUGAUGGAACUACCUUAGCGUCUGGGAGUUUGGAUAAGUCUAUCCGCAUAUGGGAUGUUAAGACAGAAAAAUAUUCAUAGCCUAACUUAGUUGGUCAUACCGGAGAUGUCAAUUCAGUCUGUUUCUCUCCUGAUGGGAUUAUAAUAGCAUCUGGUAGCUUAGAUAAGUCUAUUUGUUUAUGGGAUGCUAAAACAGGAUUACUAAAAGCUAAAUUAGAUGGUCAUGCUGGAGUUGUCAAUUCAAUCUGCUUCUCUCCUGAUGGGAUUACAAUAGCAUCUGGGAGUGAUGAUAAAUCUAUUCAUUUAUGGGAUGUUAAAACAGGAUUAUAAAAAGCCAUAUUAGAUGGUCAUUCAGAUUAAGUUCUAUCAGUUUGUUUCUCUCCAGAUGGUUCUAAAUUAGCAUCUGGUAGUUCAGAUAAGUCUAUCUUUUUAUGGGAUGUUAAUACAAAAUAAAUAACAUCUAAAUUAGGUCCUAUUGAUUUUAUUUAUUCAAUCUGUUUCUCUCCUGAUGGAACCAAAUUAGCAUCUGGAACUAUGGAUAAGUCUAUUUACUUAUGGGAUGUUAAAAAAAGAUAAUAAAAAGCCAAAUUAAUUGGUCAUACUAGUUGUGUUAAUUCAGUCUGUUUCUCUCCUGAUGGGACAAUCUUAGCUUCUGGUAGUUAUGAUAACUCGAUCCGUCUAUGGGAAGUUAGAAAAGGAUAAUAAAUAUCAAAAUUAGAUGGUCAUAUUAGAGAUGUAAAGUCUGUCUGUUUCUCUCCAAACGGGAAUAAAUUAGCAUCUUGUGGUAGCGAUAAAUCAAUCCGUUUAUGGGAUGUUAAAACCGGAUAGUAAAUAGCCAAAUUAGAUGGCCAUACUCAUUUAGUCAUGUCAGUCUGUUUCUCUCCUGAUGGUACUAUAUUAGCAUCUGGUGGUUAUGAUACCGCUAUCUAUUUAUGGGAUAUAAAAACAGCACUUUAAAUCUUACCUUAAAACUCUUGUUGCAGAGAUAUUCUGCCAUUAAAUACAUACCCUAUAUUUUUAACAAAAGUUCCUCCAUUAACUGGUAUUUAUUCUCGCUAUCAUUUAGCAUUUUAUCAUAUUACUAUCCUUCGAAUUUCCUAAUAUCCUCAUUUAGAAUCUUUAGGAGCUUUUAUCCUGCUAGGAGAAUUUGUAACUUAUUAAGGCUUUGAAUUAAAAUAAUUGUUCCAAUCUAAGGGAAGUUUCAUUUUUGAUCGCUCAAUAGGAUUACAAUAAAAUUGA